AAUGCAGAGUGUCGGGCCUGGGCAAAGCAUACUGCGAGUGUAACAGUGGAUACACAGGGGAGGCGUACGACAGAGAAAUAUCCAGUGAGAUACAACGUUGGCUCGUGCAGCGACAGAGGACCCAUUGAGGUUCCCAUUGUGUAUGACCAUGGAGACACAGAGUCCACCAGCAACUUAUAUGGACCCAAUUCAAGAAGGGAGUUUGAAGCUGGUUUCAUCACAUUCAGAGCAAUAAACAAUGAAUGUGCAGCCAUGGCUAUCUGCUCCGGAGUUAAGCCGACUGGAUGCAACACUGAACGUUACUGUAUAGGAGGAGGUGGAUACUUCCCUGAGCUGCCCCCCUAUGAGUGUGGGGACUUCCCAUUAUUUGACUUGAAUGGACUGCAUGUGGAUCAAGGCUGGAGUGCUUCCAAAGAGAUAAUUGAGGCGGCUGUUUUACUGUUCUACCGCUGAUGGCAAAACUACAUCAUACUCAUCUGACAACGACAUU